CGGGAGUCGUAUUUAGCCAGAGCGCUUGCGUAUAUCAACCAGUUCUUUGCUCCACGUGAUGACGAUAAACCAGCUCGCUACUCGGAGCUCUCGACAGAUGGGAGAAGAAAUGGCGACCAAGCUCGAAGAGGGCUCCGAUAGAGGCACAGAUGGGGUUGCCGGAACUCCCAAAGAAGCGGCUCUGCGAGAGCUGAUGGAGAGAACGAAAUACCCGAUACGGCAGUUUAAUGGACAACGGAGAUAUGGGCCUCCACCGAGCUGGGACGCGCCUCCUCCUCCACGUGGAUGUGAAGUUUUCGUAGGCAAAGUUCCUCGAGAUUUGUAUGAGGACGAAUUGGUCCCUGUAUUUGAGUCGUUAGGCGAAAUCUACGAAGUUCGGCUAAUGAUGGAUUUCAACGGACAAAAUCGCGGCUACGCGUUCGUUGUUUACACAAAUAAGGAAGACGCCAAAAAGAGUGUCAAGACACUGAACAAUUACGAAAUUCGUAAGGGAAAAUGUAUCGGCGUUUGUAGUUCGGUCGAUAACUGCCGCCUGUUUGUAGGAGGCAUUCCCAAGAAAGUUAAGAAGGACGAAAUCAUGAAUGAGAUGAUCAAAGUCACAGACAACGUUGUGGAUGUAAUUGUUUACCCUUCGGCGCAGGACAAGACGAAGAACCGAGGCUUUGCGUUCGUGGAGUACAGCUCACAUCGCGACGCUGCGAUGGCUAGAAGAAAACUCAUGACGGGUAAAAUACAGCUAUGGGGACAUCAGAUCGCUGUUGACUGGGCUGAACCGGAGCAAGAAGUGGAUGAAGAAAUAAUGGAUCAGGUGAAAGUUCUCUACGCCCGAAAUCUGUUAUUAAGCACCUCGGAAGAAACGAUAGAACAAGUCUUCAGCAAAUUUGGGGAGGUAGAAAGAGUGAAGAAGAUCAAAGAUUACAGCUUCAUCCACUUUCGAACGAAAGAACAAGCCAGGGCAGCCCUAGAGGCCAUGAAUGGCAAAGAAGUUGACGGCAAUGAAAUUGAAGUAACUCUUGCCAAGCCUGUGGACAAAGACCACCGCCAAGCCAAAGCGGCAGCCAAAGCUGUGAUGGGUGCGACGACAUACCCCAGCUUCACACCAUACGAGUACCCCUCAAACACUGCUGCUUAUGGCUUCCCAACAUACAGCAGUCAGUACUUCAUGUAUGGUGCUCCAAUGACUGCUGGAAUGGGAGGUGUGAGGCCUCCUUUUGGAAUGGUGCGUACAAGAGGGCGAGGACGGUCUGCUGCUGGGAGCAGGGCAGCAGGAAAUAAGGGAAUGUAUUUACCUGCACCAGGUGGUUAUCCUUUCAAUGGCUUCAGAGGCUACUACCCUGCAGUGCGAGCUGGCUGGUAUGGAGAUGGGUAUGGCAAGAGAGGAGGCAGACAGGAGGAACGCAUGUUUGAUCUGGUGCCGGGAAUGGAGUUGACACCCACUAAUCCCAUGACUUUGAAGCCACAUGCCCUCAAAUCACCAGCACAGGUUCUAGAGGAUGUCUGCCAAAAGAACCAGUGGGGUAGUCCAGUUUACACACUGCACAGUACGGUGGGCCCUCAGGAUAUUCAGCUGUUUCUUCACAAGGUAUCCAUUCCUGGACUAGCCACCCAGUACCAGCCUCCCAAACUUUGUCGCACCGUGGAUGAAGCCAAGAGUUAUGCUGCAGAAUACACACUUCAGCAGCUUGGUGUGCCAAUAGAGGGUACGUCUAGUGGUGACUACAACAGCAGCAACGGAUAUGCCCCCAACUACUGGCACGCCGGUCCCGUCUACGGCAACCUAUGCAGCCCGCCCUUUACCCCCAGGGGCCUACAGCCUACCGAAUUCUGGCCGUCCAAUCAGUAGUGGAGAUGCUGGCUCUUACCCGUCUGGCUAUGUACCUAUCAGCAAUGCUCCUAGCAGUGUAGCGCCUGCUGCAGUGGUGGCCAAACUGCAAGGUUCGUGGCCAGGAGGGGUACCACCCAAUCAAGAUGGAGGAAUGUACGGCAAUUAUGAUGGCUACCCUGCCAGUGAGCAGGCAGGUUAUCCACAGAACAUGUAUCAGCAGUAUUAGGUGCUUAAAAAAUUCUAAAGACAAAUAAUCACAGAUAUGUUGUUGGCAGGCAAGGCAAGCAGAUGCCUUCUUAAGAGAGAUAUUUAGAAAAAAAAGUGAUGACAGCAUUGCUUAAUGUUUUGUCCUUCUUGCACCAUGGGUAGAACGUUUGGCAAAGGUUAUUUUUUAGUUGUUGGUGGAUCUCAGAAGUGUCGUCCUGUGUUUUCCUUGUGACCCAGACAUACUUUGUGUUUUGUCUUAAAUUGAAUGGGAUUGGGGUGGUGGCAGAUUAUUGUUCUGUGAACAAUGUGUAUGUUUUAAUGUCUCAUUAUCCUCUAGAGUAGUAGAAUUUUAAGAAAGGGUUGUGUUCUAAGUAUGUCAUUUUUUUUUGUGCUGGUUGAUCUGAUCUUUUUUUUUUGCUGGUGGAUUACUACAUGUAUGUCUGAAUCAAAUUGACGCUGUGUGUUACAAGCAGC